GAAAAAGAAGGAGCAGCAGAAGAAGAACAACGCUCCUCAGCCAACUAGAUUAAAUAAACAUGACGAUGUUGACAGCGACGGUGUCUUUGGUGCAUUGGCACUAAACGUAAACCACUUACCUACAACGAGGGUCGUUGGAUAUUGUGUAAAUCUACAUUUGUGACAAACUGUCGUGUCUUUGGCUCGGGACAGACCCCAUAAUCACACGUUGAGAAUCGGACCAUCGCCACUGCAAUGCCUCUGCUUUUUUUGGAGAGGUUUCCUUGGCCCAGCUUGCAGACCUACACCGCACUUAGCGUGGCUUUGCUCGCAGGCACCCUUUUUAGUGCCUACAACACUGUGACUGAUCCUGGCUUCGGGGUCUUGGAAUCUGAUGAAACGCCAGCGCCAACUGAAGGGGAUCUCGAACUAAACAAUGAUAUUAUUAACACGGAAUUGACUACCACUAUCCUGUGGUAUAUUGCCACUGACAGUCUCUUCGUAUGGGUAUUGGUCAACACAUUCUGCUGCUUGUUGAUGUUAAUUGCGAAAAUGAUUCAGUAUGUAGUGUUUGGCCCGCUCAGAGUUAGUGAGAAGCAGCACCUGAAAGAUAAAUUCUGGAAUUUCAUCUUCUACAAGUUCAUUUUCAUCUUUGGGGUGUUGAACGUGCAGACAGUGGAGGAGGUGGUCAUGUGGUGUUUGUGGUUCUCUGCCCUGGUCUUUCUCCACCUCAUGGUGCAGCUCUGCAAAGACCGAUUUGAAUAUCUGUCCUUCUCACCCUCCACUCCCAUGAACAGUCAUGUACGAGUGCUUUGCCUACUGGUCUCGUUGCUGUUGGACUGCUGCGGUCUGGCUGUGGGCUGUGGUGGUCUGCUGGGAGCUUCCCAUGGCAUGCACACCUUCUCCUUCAUGGCAGCCGAGUGUCUGCUGGUUACUGUGCGCACUGGGCACGUCAUCAUGCGUUAUUCCAUUCAUCUUUGGGAUCUAAACCAUCCGGGGACCUGGGAGAGUAAGGGAACAUAUGUCUAUUACACAGACUUCGUCAUGGAGCUGGCUAUGCUCUUCCUGGACCUCAUGCACCACAUCCAUAUGCUGCUUUUCGGGAACAUCUGGCUGUCCAUGGCCAGCUUGGUUAUCUUCAUGCAGCUGCGGUAUCUCUUCCACGAGGUUCAGCGCCGCGUCCGCCGACACAAGAACUACCUUCGUGUCAUCAACAACAUGGAGGCCAGAUUUGCAAUUGCUACCGCUGAGGAGCUGGCAGCUAAUGAUGAUGAUUGCGCCAUCUGCUGGGAUGCCAUGUUGACCGCACGCAGACUACCCUGUGGCCAUCUCUUCCACAACUCGUGUUUGCGCUCCUGGCUUGAGCAGGACACUUCUUGUCCAACGUGUCGCACAUCCCUUAACAUUAGUGGAGACGGGGCCCCGGCGAGAGGCCAGCAGCAGGGCGCUGGCUUAGAAGACAACAUUGGCACAGUUGGGGCUGCUCCAGAUGCUGUACCACACGUCAACCAACACAAUCACUUCUUCCACUUUGAUGGAUCUCGCAUUGCCAGCUGGCUGCCCAGUUUCUCAGUGGAAGUAAUGCACACCACCAACAUCUUGGGCAUUGCUCAGGCCAACAACUCCCAGCUCAUGGCCAUGGCCCAUCAGAUCCAGGAGAUGUUCCCUCAGGUGCCCUCGUACCUGGUCAUGCAAGAUCUGCAAUUGACGCGCUCUGUAGAGGUCACCACUGACAAUAUCCUGGAGGGACGCAUCCAGGUGCCUUUCCCAACACAGGCCAUAGAGCGUGCCCCUACACAGGGGAGCGCUGCAACAGGUGAGCAGGGGGGGGCGAGUGGAGCAGCCGAGCAGGGCCUCAGUGAGACGGAAAACGUGGAGGUGCGAGGAGGUCGCUUCUCUAAGUCUGCUGAGGAGAGGCAGAAUAUGUUGAAGCAGAGGAAAGAAGAGAUGCUUCUGCAGGCGCGCAGGAGAUUUCUGAACCAUAGUCCAGAGGACCCGGAUGAGGAUUUGCCUGGACUGGAGGAGGACAUUGUUCCAGAAUUGAUCUUGACUGCGCUGCGGCGUAGAACCAUGGCGGCAGCGGCAGAGAGACGCAUACAAACUCAACAAGACCCGGCACCUUGAAAACACGAUUGGCUUCAGCUGAAGAGGCACAGACAAAGCUAUUCCCACCAUGCCCUAUUUGGUUUACAGUCAGUGGUUAUUGCUUAUUCAAAACCAUAGUUCAAAAGUAUUGAGAGCAUCGCCUUUGGACUGGUUUGGCCUGCCUUAGUAAGGUAGGACCAUUUGGAAUGGCCUCUGUCAUUGAUUCCAAAGUAUUUGGAAUAUUAUAAAUAUUGAUGGUUGCAAGUCGAGAAAUGCAAGGGUGCAUUGCCCUUUAUUCACGUGCCACACAUUGCAACCACCAGCUUCAGUAGGCAGACAGUUACUACCGUGACUGCGACUGGCUGUCAAAAAUCAGCGUGCUUUGCAUUCAGAAGAGUCUUUUAUGAGAGCGGUGUGAAGAUGUCAUUACUAGAUAAAAAUGUUUUUUUUUGUUUUCUUUUAUCAAACGUUGGUUUCACUUAUUUACGUAAUCGCAGAAAGCUGCGUGUCCUCAAACUUCAGAAAACUCAUCUGAUGUAUUUGUUUAAUUUAUGAGUCAACUGUGAAUUAAGUGUUGGCAAAAUAACAUGGUUUUUCUUCUUACCUUUGGAGUAUGAGAAUGUCACUUUAGUAUUUUUCAGCCUUUCAAAAUAUGAAUGUUUCUAUCAACCUAUGCUGCAUACCAAGUGUUGGACCCACAUGGGUUGAUCUGUAUUUAGUGUGUAAUAUGACCCAUUGGUUUAGUUAUUUUAGCAGGGGAAGGUGGACAUGUACAGCUUAGUUUAUCUAAUGAUGUUCCUUACAGAUGCAUAGAGGAUGUAUUACAUUUUGUACAAUCGUUGUCAUCCUCUGUCUUUCUAAAAUCACCCUCUGAUGAUACGCAGUUCUCUCUGAGUAAGAACAUUUUAUUUUCUACUAAAUAUAUAUUGAUGGGGUACUUGGCCAUGUGUCCAUCAUAUAGAAUUUGUUAUGCACAUUAAGUCUGUAACCGCUGGACUGUCUUUUGAAAACGUUUUUGUCACUCAUUCAAAAGGCUUUGACAGUAAAAAUGAGCAGCAGCAGCAAAACCUUCUUGAGACUUUGUAACCAAUCCAGUUGCCAAAUAACACCAUACUUGAAUGAUUGAAGAUAGUUAUGAAUACAUGAUCUGGGGAUCUUAUUUGGACAGACUUAUUAAAAAUUCAUAUUAUCAAGGAACAUAAUCAUCCGCAGCUCAAAGGUCUUAUUUCAGUUAUGUUCCAACUCGUCCCUGGAAACACUUUCAGUAUUUUCAAAUUUUAAGUCUAUCUGGUUGAGACAUAUCAGUGGACGCAAAGAUGGAAACUGUAUCAUAAGUGUUUGAUUUCUUGUUAUUUCUGUGCAAAGGCAGUUUGAGGCGACGUAUGCAUGAAUCUAGACGAGUGCUUUCAUUUCCUUCCACUUUAUCCCAAAGAGCAGCCCACAAACCACUCAACGCUGAAGUGUUGUGAUCUUUAUAUUGUGUUGUAUUGCUCAAGCUCUGUUUUGGUGUUGUCAUAAGAAGAGACAAUAUAGGAUUUUAAUUUCUAAUUUUUAUGUUGAAAUGGAAAAAAUGUCAUAAUUUUCAUUCAGUUACUUAACAACUUUUAAUUUCCAUUAGAUAUAUUCCUUUAAAGCGAAUUCUUUAUUAAAUCAAAACUGAAAUCUUUUUUUGGCCUGGGCUUUGCUGUAUUUUGGGGCCUAAAUCAAAAAUGGUUCAGUUAUGGAAAACGUUCUGUAAAUCUAGUUUUUGUAAAGUGUUAAUACAAAAGACUCAAUAAAAGGAGCUGCUACGGCUUUUUAACAAGA